GAACGUAGCCUCGUUCCAACGUGCGUCGUUCUCUUCUUCGAACCUUGGCUUUGGAAUUCACACUCGUGGCGUCACGUGGGUGUCGUAAAAGAAUCUACUUUUUUAUAUAUUAUAGAAUAUAAGUCGUCAAGUCGUGUUCUAAAAGGAUAAAAAACAACAUAAAAAGAGAAAAAUUAAAAAAGAAAAAAAAAAUAUACGAAGAACGAAGAACCAUCUGGAUACGAAGGUUAGGCCUAUUGAAAGAAGAUGAAUCCCAGCGGCCCUAGUUGUCCCAUUGCCUCUCUCUACGUCGGCGAUUUACAUCCUGAUGGAACAGAAGCUAUGCUUUUCGAAAAGUUUUCUACUGCAGGACCAGUUCUUUCCAUCCGAGUAUGCAGGGAUAUGAUCACAAGAAGAUCCUUGGGUUAUGCCUAUGUUAACUUCCAACACCCCCAAGAUGCAGAAAGAGCCUUAGAUACAAUGAACUUUGACUUAAUUAAGGGAAGACCAAUUCGUAUAAUGUGGUCACAGAGAGAUCCAUCGCUUAGGAAAUCUGGUGUUGGAAACGUUUUCAUCAAGAAUUUAGACAAGAGUAUCGAUAAUAAGGCCAUGUAUGAUACCUUUUCUGCCUUUGGAAACAUCCUGUCGUGUAAAGUGGCCACCGACGAAGAAGGUAACUCGAAAGGUUACGGUUUUGUACACUUUGAAACUGAAGAAGCGGCCAAUAAUGCCAUUGCUAAGGUAAAUGGCAUGCUGCUGAACGGUAGAAAAGUGUAUGUAGGAAAAUUCAUCCCGCGAAGGGAACGAGAGAAAAUGCUCGGUGACAAAGCUCGUCGAUUCAUGAAUGUUUACAUCAAAAAUUUUGGUGAUGAACUGGACGAUGAUAAACUGAGAGAGAUGUUUGAGAAGUACGGUACAAUCACCAGUGCAAAAGUGAUGGUCGACGAAGGCGGUAAGUCAAAAGGUUUUGGAUUUGUUAGUUUUGAAGAUCCUGAGAAUGCAGAGAAAGCGGUGGAAGAGUUAAAUGCUAAAGAACUUGGUGGAAAGCAACUGUAUGUUGGUAGGGCACAGAAAAAAGCUGAAAGACAGGCGGAAUUAAAACGUAGAUUUGAACAGUUAAAAUUGGAAAGAAUGAGCCGCUAUCAGGGUGUUAAUUUAUACGUUAAGAAUUUGGAUGAUGCUAUCGAUGACGAACGCCUCAGAAAAGAAUUUUCUCCAUUUGGUACGAUCACGAGUGCUAAAGUCAUGACAGAUGCCCACGGUCAUUCUCGUGGAUUUGGUUUUGUGUGUUUCAGUUCUCCAGAAGAAGCUACAAAAGCAGUAACUGAAAUGAAUGGAAGAAUCAUGGUUUCUAAACCACUUUACGUUGCUUUAGCCCAAAGAAAAGAAGACCGUAAGGCUCAUCUUGCUUCACAGUACAUGCAGAGAAUGGCCGGAAUGCGAAUGCAGCCGCAUCUCGGUCAAAUGUUUCAACCGGGAGGAGCCGGCUAUUUUGUACCAACAAUGCCUCAAGCCCAACGAGGAUAUUUUCCAACUCAAAUUUCACAAAUGCGAGCCACGCCACGCUGGACACCACAACCGCCAUUGAGACCGAGCGGUCAACCUACCGGUGGUUUUCCGGCAAUGCAGCCUGCGCAGUUUGCUCGUCCGGCUCCACGUCCUACGGUUGCAGCAGCCCAAACCCAAGGAAUUAGAACUAACAUGAAUGCAAGACCCAUCACCGGACAACAGACCACGCCCGGUCCGAGAAGAGUUGCCGCUCUCGGUCCAUCAGCCGCCGUGGCCGCCGCCGCCCGUCCUGCGGCCAUACCAACGGCCAACGUUGCACAGCCUUGUCCUCCCGCUUAUAAAUACACAGCCAACAUGCGAAAUCCUCCACCAUCUGUUGUUCAGCCACCGGUUGUUCAACAGGCCGCAGUCCACAUCCAAGGACAGGAACCGCUGACCACUUCCAUGCUUGCCGAUGCCAAUCCACAAGAACAGAAGCAGAUGCUGGGAGAACGUUUGUUUCCGCUCAUUCAUCGCUGGUAUCCAGAUUUGGCCGGAAAGAUAACUGGAAUGCUGCUGGAGAUCGACAACUCCGAGCUGUUGCACAUGCUCGAGCACCAUGAGGCCCUGAAGGCAAAGGUGGAUGAAGCCGUCGCCGUUCUCCAGGCCCACCACGCUAAAGAAGCAGCAUUCAAGAAGGAAUGAAAAGAAGAAACAAAAAUUUCUUAGUGUAUUUUUUUUUUUCGAAUUUUACUAAUAUAGAAACUGUAUUGUGUGCAAACUGUUUGAAAUGUAGUUUAUAGAGUUUGAUAUUAUAUAUAUUAGCUUUAAUGUUUUCCUUCAUAAAAAAAAAAUUAAAAAAACCGCCCACGUGAACCCCAAGUCUGCCAAGGUUACAACAUAUAAUAGUAAGAAAAAUACAAAAAAAAAUAGCAAAAAUUCAAAAAAUAAAUCUUAAAAUAUAGAAAAAAAAUAAUUAAAAAAAUUAGUUUAUUAAAAAAAAAACAAAUGUUUUUGAAUCUUGCUAAAUGUAUUAUGUUUAACUUUUAUUUUUCUUUCUUGUAGUGAGUAGUACUUGGGUUCUUGUGCUUUAUUCUUGUAUUCUAUUUGAAGUUAUUAAAAAGGUUGUUGGAAAAA